AUGGAUGACGACGCCCCGGAAUCUUGGAUGAAGGCAAUCAAGAACGAGCAGGUUACAGUACUACCAUUGACUUGUGAAGAUUUGAGAAAGUACUUGCAACGCCCGCUUCGUAUGAAAAUCCCCGUCACUGAAGAGUUGAGCCAGAAGGUCAUGGUGCUAGACGCAACUGGAGAGUGUACUAGCACUUUCUACGACUUAUUUGAACCCGAACUACGUGAACGAGUUGGGAGCGAAACUAUAGCGAUCGUAAGGAAUUUUAUUAGCUGUCGCCGCGUUGAGUUCGUAACCGAAGUAACAUACCAUUGGAUGUGGGAUAAUCUCAUUGCGACACUGUUGGAGAGCGUGGUAGGCGGGAGCUAUGCUCGCCAUGCGAAUGCAUCUUCUUCUACUGUCCUCUAUCGACCAGAUUUAUGCUUCUACUACGGCGAUAGAAGUGUGUGCGUAUUUUGCGGGGAAGAAAAAGCAAAUGGAGCGUUGGACGUGCCGAUCAAAGAAUUGCACGAGAAACUGAUAUGGAAGUAUGACGAUGUGCCAUACAUUUUUGGCUACGCUGCUGUGGGACUGGAAGUGUGUUUGGUAGCUAUUCGUAAAGACGAGAUGACAAAACGUGGUGCAAAAGUGGAAAUCAUCGAAACGUACAAUUUGAAGCAUCUCAGUAGCCGGCUUUCGUUUUUUCUCGCAUUGCUCAAUCUUUCGACUCUUUUUCGACCAGUUGUGGAUCUUUUUCCCAACUGGCCGCUGAGCAUACGCGAGUACGGCACUAUCGAACGAGGCAAUGGUGUGCAGAUAUCGUUUGCAGAGGAUUGUGUGGUGAAGACGUAUCCCUCGGAUAUGCCAAGUGACACCAUCAUUCAGAACUUGAAGGAAUUACAUCGUCGAAUGAGGGAACGUUCGCUGCACCUGAGAAACGUCCACCAGCUCCUGACGGCCUUACGCGAUAUACUCAAGGCGCUAGUGGCACUGCACGCAAUCAAUAUAAUGCAUCGCGACUUGAGAUGGGAUAACGUGCCGAAGUACCCAGAUGAAGAUGACAAGUGGUUUCUGAUUGACUUCGACGACGGGGCACUGUCACCGGCUGCAAAUGUGAAACAUUUGAAGGCGGAUUCGCAUGCUCCUGAAAUACUGUCGUGUCCGUCCCAUACGGUCAAGGUCGACAUUUGGAGCGUGGGCUACCUCAUACAGACGUCGACCAUCUUCGAUCUUCCGGCUAAGCUGGAGACAAUCAAAGCAGAGUGUUUGCAGGAGAGUCCGGAGAAGAGACCCACGGCAGUAUCACUCUUGAAGGCAAUUGAAGAGCUAUUAGGAUCUGCAUAA